AUGGAAAUUGUGGUGGGCUUGCCGCGAACUUUUAAGAAACAUGACUCAAUUUGGGUCAUAGUGGACCGAUUCACUAAGUCAGCUCACUUUUUGCCAAUCAAAACAACCUACACAACACCUCAGUAUGCAACAUUAUACAUAAAGGAGAUUGUUCGGUUGCGUGGUACUCCCAUGUCUGUUAUUUCUGACAGGGGGUGGUUUGAGUUAGGUGAAACAAAGCUUAUUGGUCCAAACAUAGUACAUGAUGCCUUGAAAAAGGUGAAACUUAUUCAGGAACGACUUAAAACAGCUCAAAGCCGACAAAAGUCAUACUCAGAUAUAAGACGUCGCGAUCUUGAGUUCAAAGAGGGUGACUAUGUAUUUUUAAAGGUGUCUCCAAUGAAGGGUAUCAUGAGGUUUGGUAAAAAAGGGAAGCUUAGCCCAAGAUAUAUAGGGCCUUAUCCAAUUCUUAAAAGGAUUGGGCUUGUGGCGUAUCGACUAGCUUUACCUCCAGAGUUAUCUUCUGUGCAUCCUGUUUUUCAUGUGUCCAUGCUGAAACAGUACUUUCACGACCCGAGUAAUGUACUUGAUAGACAUGAUAUAGAGAUUUAUGAUACUCUAACAUAUGAGGAGGUCCCUGUAGCUAUAAUUGACAGGCAGGUUUGUAGACUUCGAACCAAAAACGUUGCUUCGGUGAAAGUAAUAUGGGGAAACCACUUAGCUGAGGAAGCUACGUGGGAGCCCGAGGAAGCCAUGAAGAAAAUAUCCUUAUUUGUUUGA